AUGAAGUUUGUGACUGGACACGGAACAGCUUUUGUCUGUUUCUCACUGUCUGUUCUUUUGAUUCCAACACUUGCACAUACCUGGGUCGAAAGUGUGAACUUAAUCGCAUCGGAUGGUUCCUUCCAAGACGUUGGCUAUGCUCGUGGAUUUGCUGGUCGAACUCCUGGCGUUGAUCCCGACACCGCAAACACUUAUCUCAUUCCGCCGAAUGGCAGGUCGACCGGUGGUGAAAUUUUAGCCACAGAUCUAAUGUGUAAAGAUUCACAGGUUAAACAGCAACAAAGUGAAGGGUAUCCACGAUUAUCAGCUAGUCCUCAAGAUCGGAUCUCGCUUGCCUACCACGAGAACGGUCAUGUGACCCAAUUUAAAAUCCAGGAGGGGAAGCCGGCCGGUAGGGGCACUGUUUUCAUUUACGGAACAAAAGAAUCCUCUCCCACAGAUACGUAUCUCGGAAUUCAUAGAGUAUGGAACACUGAGGGCUCUGGGGGUGAUAAACGGGGUAAGCUGCUCGCAACCCGACCAUUUGAUGAUGGGCAAUGCCAUCAAAUCAACAACGAAAAACUAAGCAAAGAUCGAGCGAAAGCCCUGGGAUUUUCAGAUGUGGAGAAAAGUCCCGAGAUUUUAUGUCAAUCGGCUCUGCAAUUACCGACUGAUGCAGGGACCACCGGGACUUAUACAUUAUAUUGGGUUUGGGAAUGGCCGACUCUCGAUAAAGCUGGCCAAGUCUUUCAAAAUGAGAGCUACACAAGCUGUAUUGAUAUUGAUAUGCUUGAAACUUCAAAACCCCACGCUGCCGACGUAAACCAGGCUGUAAAGACGAGUGGAAAGCCAGAUCCAAAUUCGCUCGCUGUAAAAGAUCAGCUCGAAAACGACAAUCAAUUUAUUGUUGAUCCCACGGCACCGGCGGAAAAAGCUAGUGAUAAUCCAUUCACUCGACCUGGCUCAAGCCCGGAAAAAGCUACUAGUACUACUACUAUUCCUGCCAGCAUCACUUCUCAUACAACAUCACCCCAAACAUCCGCUCCAUUUAGUCCAUUAUCUUUCGUCACAGUUACAGUCACAGUGUCUGCUAAUAGCACAACGAUUUCUCGAAAAUUCUAG